AUGCUGUGGCUGAGUUUGCUGUGCUUUGUGAAGUUGUCAGAUGCCGUCCUGGACCUGACCAUGACCUCCACAGCAGAGGUUCCGGGCAUCAGCCACUUCUCCAUGUCCUGUGUGAACGGAGAACGCAGCCUCGUGCACAGCAACCUGGACAUCCGCAGGGACAACCACAUCUUCAAAUUUCCGCACCGGAACUUUAUGGUGGUGAAGCCUCGGCACAAAGAGGUGGUGGCCCGCGACUUCAAGGAGCUGGAGAAUAUUGGCAUUUUCUACUGUGAAGCCACUCACCAGGGAACGCCGCCUGAGAAAGUCACCAUGAUCAGCAACUUCAACAGCGCCAGUUUCCACCCGGCCCAACUCACUUUGACAAUAAAUAGAGGAGAAACAGCCAACAUUAGCAUGCAGCUGCUAAGUCCACAGAAGAGAGAUGUGAUGUGGAAGUACAACGGAAACUACUACUACAUGACUCACUCAAACGAGGUGGUCAAUAGCACAGCUGUCCUCACCGUGGAAAAUGCUACUUUUUCUAAUCAAGGAAUCUACAGCGCCAGCUUCGUGGGAGACAGUCCAGUGAAUGGAGCGUGGAUGAGGCUCAUCGUCAGAGACUGCCCCAGAGACAAGUGGGGCUCAUACUGCGACAGGCAGUGUCCGGAGUGCCUGAACGGUGGAGUGUGUCACGAUGCGGAUGGAGACUGUAUUUGCCCUCCAGGAUUCAUGGGAAUGCACUGUGAAAUAGCCUGCAGAGAAGGAAUGUUCGGUCAAAACUGCCAGGAGUCCUGCGGCUCAGACCACAACUGUAAGGGCCUUCGCUUCUGCCUGCCCGACCCGUACGGCUGCUCCUGUGGCAGCGGCUGGUUCGGCAAACACUGUGAACAGGCGUGCCACACGGAUAUGUACGGACCGGACUGUAAGCUGCAGUGCGCCUGUCAGAACGGAGGCGUCUGUCAUCGCUUUGGGGGAUGCCAGUGUCCGUUAGGCUGGAGGGGGGAGCACUGUGACAAAUCAGACCGAAUUCCACAAAUCUUGGACUUAAACACAAACUUAGACUGGAAUCUGAACUCGAGUCCAACAGUGACGUGCACAGCCACAGGGAACCCGCUGCCCAUCCACGACAGCUUUGAGCUACGCAAACUCGACAGCACAGUGAUAAAGGCUAAUCACACCACUCAGGACUCAAAGAAGAGCACAGCCUUGUUUGAGAUCCCCCAUGUGAAAGCAGAGCAGGCUGGGCAGUGGGAGUGCCGCGUGUCCACAAAAGGAGGACAUGACUCUCGCAAAUUCAAUCUCACCAUCAAAGAGCCUCCCGUGGCUAUAACAGCUCCCAAACUGUUGAAAAAGUGGAGUAAGCAGCUGCUGGUGAUGCCUGUCGACUCAUACAGAGGAGAUGGUCCCAUUGUGUCCAUUAGGCUUUUGUACAAACCAGUGGAAAACGGAGUCUCCUGGUCCUCCAUCAUCGUGUACAGUGACAAAGAACCGAUCAACCUGAUGAACCUGAAGCCCACCACACCGUACCGUGUGCGUGUGCAGCUGAGUCGGCCUGGUGAGGGAGGGGAGGGGGCACUGGGCCCCGAGGCCAUCAUGGAGACUGACUGUCCAGAGCCCACGGUUCAGCCUGAGAUAGACCCCAGCUCAGUGGAGGGUCGGAACGUCACUGUGCACUGGCGUCUCCCGGGAAACACUGGGAUCAACGCUGCAUCUGCCAGUGGCUUCUUAGUGCAGCUCUUUGGCCCUCCCCCCUACAGCGACAAACUACAGGAGGAGGAGACUCUGCUCAACGUGCUUUCCACCAAGUUUCACAACCUGCGGUACCAGCAGGACUACAGUGUGGUGGUCCGCCUCAUCAACUGCAGCAGCCAGGGACCCCCCUCCAAGCCACACCACUUCCGCCUCUCCAGCUUGGGUCCCUCGUCUCCACGAAAUGUCCAGGCACUGGCGCUGUCUGUAUCAGCCGUGCAGGUGAAGUGGCAGCCCCCCGAGGACCCUAACGGAGGCAUAAUCAAGUAUGUGAUUGAGUACCAGCCGGUGGGCCAGGGCAGCCCUCACCCCUGGGUGGACACUGACGACGGGAACAAGACCAUCAAAGACGUGACUGCACUUAACGGCAGCACACUUUACCAGUUCAGAGUCAGGGCUUUCUCCAAACUGCCAGGAGAGUGGAGCAAGAUUGUCCAAGCCAUGACUCAAGGGGAUGGUGUUGAGAGCCUGACCCCGACCACGCAGGGGGUGGCAGGGAAGCCUCUGGGGGACAGGUACCAACUGCUGGUGGCCAUUGUUGGCUCAGUGACAGUGACCUUUGUGACCAUUCUGCUGGUGCUGCUGGCUCUGUUCUUCAUCCGCAAAACUCUGGUCAACCGACGACGCACCUUCACCUACCAGUCCGGAUCAGGAGAGGAGACCAUUCUGCAGUUUAACUCCGGAACUCUGACACUUACGCGCAGACCGAAGCCGACACCGGAGCCCCUGACCUACCCCAUCCUGGAGUGGGAGGACAUCAAGUUUGAAGAUGUUAUUGGAGAGGGAAACUUUGGCCAGGUCAUCAAAGCAAUGAUCAAGAAAGACGGCAGCAAGAUGAGUGCGGCCAUAAAGAUGCUUAAAGAAUACGCCACAGAGAACGACCACAGAGACUUUGCCGGGGAGCUGGAGGUUCUGUGCAAACUGGGCCAACACCCCAACAUCAUCAACCUGAUCGGAGCCUGCGAGAACCGAGGUGAGGAACAGUGA